AUGAGUGAAGGUCUUCAAAAGGCUCAACGAAACUCUGAAGACGCAGGAUCGAUAUCGUCGCUUGAAUCUGUCUCGUCAGAACGGUCUAAUCUCCAAGGCCAUGAACCACAGCAGAUCACCGAGGAUAACGAAAUAGGCGUCGAAGCUUCCAGAAGAUCGUCGACGAUAUCAAGAGUCCUCACCUUUGACAAGUCAAAAAUCGUGCCUAGAGGCAAACGCCGUGGACUUUUGGCCAAUUUUUCACUCGUGCCAGAGUACUCUAACCCCAGAGAACUGCCGAACAAGGUCAAGUACAGCAUUGUGUUCGUGGUGGCAUGUUGUGCCAUUGCUGGACCCAUGGGAACGUCGAUUUUAUUACCUGCUAUUGACGACGUUGCGAGAUCGCUUCACACUUCUGAGAAAAUAGUCAACAUUUCAGUGGGUAUCUAUCUUUUGACGCUUGGUAUCUGUCCUCUGUGGUGGUCGAGUUUCUCUGAGAGACAUGGAAGAAGAUCUAUUUAUUUGAUCAGUUUUGGAUUGCUAUUGGGAUUCACAAUUGGAAACGCUUUGAGUACUUCCAUAGGAAUGCUCAUUGGGUUCAGAGUUUUGAGUGGUGCCUCGAGUGCAUCCGUUCAGGCUGUAGGAGCAGGUACUAUUGGUGAUCUGUAUCCACCAGCACAGCGUGGACGGGCCUUGGGUGUUUACUAUCUUGGUCCUCUGUGUGGUCCUUUAUUUGCACCCAUUAUUGGUGGUGCAUUGAACGAAGGUUGGGGGUGGAGAGCUACCCAAUGGUUUCUGGUGAUUUUCAGUGCGUUGUGUUUGCUCUUGCUUGUGUUUGUUCUUCCAGAGACAUUGAGAUUGCAAGAUAACAAAGAUGCGGUCAGGGACAUUCUGAGAUCUCGACUCAAGAAAAAUCAAGAUACUGAAGCAAAGGUGGAAAGUACCAGUGAUGAUGAAAGAGUUGAAAAGAUUUUGUCCAGACUGUCUAGGCAGCCCUCACAAGUUGCCGAGGAGGAAGGAGCGGUUGCUAUGGGAGAAGUUGCUCCGGAGUCAGUAACCAGCAACUCUGUCAGAUCUGGGAAGUUCAGACAAAUCGAUCGGGGGAAACUGGAAAAACGAGUAUCCCAGCUGGACUCACAGAAGUUGACAAAAGCACAGAUGAUCGAUGAAAAGUUCAAGAUCUACUGCUAUGGUCCAGCCAAGUCAUUGGUAUUUUUCAGGUAUACGCCAGUCUCUUUGGCAGUGGCCUAUUCCUCGAUAUCGUUCUGCAUUCUCUAUUUCGUGAACAUGACUCUGACAUACGCAUACUCCCGUCCGCCAUACAACUUCAGUUCCGUGUUGGUGGGCUUGGUGUACAUCCCCAAUUCCAUUACCUAUAUCAUAGCCUCGAUCUGGGGAGGAAGAUGGGUCGACCAUCUUUUGGCCAAGUACAAGGAGAAACAUGGUACGAUUGUUCCUGAAGCAAGAAUCGGGGCCAAUGUCUGGCUUGCAGCUGGUAUAUUUCCGUUCUCUCUGUUGAUCAUUGGUUGGUGUCUUGGUGAGAAAAAACACUGGGUCACACCUCUUAUUGGUACUGCCCUUUUUGGAUUUGCCAGUAUGAUGGUUAUUGGUGCUACCGUGACGUACUUGGUCGACUCUCUUCCUGGAAGAGGAGCCACAGGUGUUGCUCUCAACAACUUUGUUCGGAUGAUCCUUGCGACCGUGGCAACCUUUGUGACUGAACCUCUAAUCGAUGCGCUUGGUAUUGGUGUACUGUUCUCUAUUCUGGCAGGUAUAAUCGCGGUCAUUCCGUUGCUUCUGGUGAUACUCAAAUGGAAGGGUGACUACUACAGAGAAACAUACGAUUUGGAGAAGCUUUACGAUAUCGUGGAUGAUUAA